GCUGGUCAAGCAGAGAGAGUGCUAGGUCAAUGUUAUUGCUAUUCGACAGAGAAUGAGUCCCUCGUCUCAGUAUUUGAAGUUGCAGUCGCAUCCCUAUGUCAAGCACUUAGGCUCAUCGACUUCAAAGUUCAAUCCAAUUUCUUAUCUACUCCAUGACAAUUCGAACCACAACGAGGACUUGUUCACUGGGGGCACAUUGAGUGGGUCGCAUUUGAUAUCCAAAUACCCCAUAUUGUUUUCGAAAUACGAGAACUGCAAAAAUUUUAAUCGAGAGGCCUUUUUAAAGAGAAACGAGAUAUCAAAUGAAUUAAUUGGGUUUUUCCAUUUGGGACAAAAACUAAGUGGCCAGGUUAAUAUUGUUCAUGGUGGGUUAUUGGCGACUUUGUUGGAUGAAAAUCUUUACAGAUGCUGCGUACCAUUUAUUGAGAAUAAAAUUGGUGUUACGGCUAAUUUGAAUUUGAAUUACAAGAAUCCAACUUAUACCAAUUCAUUUAUUGUUUUGCAUGCUAAAUUGUUAAGAAUAGAAGAUGAGAGGAAAUUUUUUUGUUAUGGCAAAAUCGAGAGUCUAAAAUUCAAUGAAAAGGAAGAGGGAAAUGAAAAGGAGAAAGGUGAUAAAGAGAUCUUGGACCACUAUUUAAAUAAGAAUAAUAUUGAUGAUGAUAUUAAGCACAAUUUGAAUAAGACUAAAAAUCCCAAGAAAGAGUUGUUAGUUGAGGCUAAUAUUUUAGUUAUGAAACCCAAAUGGGUUUAAAAUUAGUCAAUAAAUUAAUUUAAAUUUAUUUAUCUAUUUAUCUAUUUAUUUAUUUGUUAAUUUAUAUAGAUAUCUAGCCAUGUAGUAAGAAAAAAAAUAAAAAAAAAUAUGUUAUCUAUAAUGGAUGUAAUUAAAAUUAUUAAAAUUGAAAAGUAAUUCAAAUAUAAUUGAAUUGAAAUAG